AUUUCUCUCCAAAAGCUUGCAGUUGAAUGGCCCAUCCCACUUCUGAUGUCAGCGUUCGAGAUAGGGAGAGAGAGUGUGAGAGAGAGUCGGGAGCUGAAGGGAAGGAGGUGGCUGGAGAGUGUGGAAGAAAGCCUGUUGCUCAUCAACCAAGCUGCUGUUAAACAUCCUUUCAGCUUCACUUCUCCACAUCUUUUAGCCAAUAAACAGCGGCUUGGAAUCAAGAUCACAGCGACAGCGUGCAGGUGACCGGCAGAGGCUCAGGCAUGCGAGCAGGCCAGUAAACAUGACCCUGCUGGCAGGUGACGGCUCUGACUACGACUACAGCGCCCUGAGCUGUGCCUCCGAUAUCUCCUUCAACUCUCCACCCUUGCAGGAGCAGGAGGCUCGCAAGGGAGCCUUCUACAAGAGAGCGCAGCCCGCCCCCGAGCUUGCUUCCAGCCGUGAGCCCGCAUCACUGUCCAACAACCGCAAACUCCACGCCAUUAUCAAUGUGGGCGGAUUGCGCUACCAGCUGCCUUGGACCACUCUGGAGGACUUUCCGUUGUCCCGCCUGGGCCAGCUGCACCUGUGCACCAGCUUCGACGAGAUCAUGGGCAUUUGUGACGACUACGACGUCACGCACAACGAGUUCUUCUUUGACCGCAAUCCAUGCGCUUUCCGUACCAUCCUGACCUUCCUGAGGGCGGGCAAGCUUCGCUCCCUCAGGGAGAUGUGUGCCCUCUCCUUCAGGGAGGAGCUGCUGUACUGGGGGGUCCCGGAGGAAAGCCUGGAGUGGUGCUGUCGCCGACGCCUGCUACAACGUCUGGAAGAGUUUGAGGCCAUGGAGCGAGCUGCAGAGGAGGAAGAUCUCCUGCAGGAUUUGUCUGAUACAGACAGCGGAGUUCGUACCGCGGAGUCCUGCUUGAGCUGCUUCAUGACCAAGCUGAGGGACAUGGUGGAACGACCACAUUCUGGACUCCCCGGGAAAAUCUUCGCUUGUUUAUCGGUGUUGUUCGUCACCAUCACCGCUGUCAAUCUCUCCAUCAGCACCAUGCCUGCCCUGAGGCAGGAGGAGGAGGCGGGCACAUGUUCCCAGAUGUGCUACAACAUCUUUAUCGUGGAGACAGUGUGUGUGGCCUGGUUCUCCCUGGAGUUCUCCCUGCGUUUCAUCCAGGACCGCUCCAAGCUGACCUUCCUGCGACAACCCCUCAACCUCAUCGACGUGCUCGCCAUCCUGCCCUACUACAUUACGCUGCUUGUGGACACCACCUCCAAGGGCGAGAGGCGCCCCGGCUCGGGCGGCAGCUACCUGGACAAAGUGGGCCUCGUACUGCGCGUGCUCCGAGCUCUGCGCAUCUUUUACGUGAUGCGGCUGGCUCGCCAUUCCCUGGGCCUGCAGACUCUGGGGCUGACUGCCCGCCGCUGUACGCGCGAGUUUGGCCUGCUCCUCCUCUUCCUGUGUGUGGCCAUCGCCCUCUACUCCCCGCUGCUCUACCUGAUCGAGAACGAAGUGGCGGCUACGCAGGAGUUCACCAGCAUCCCCGCCACCUACUGGUGGGCGGUCAUCACCAUGACGACGGUGGGCUACGGCGACAUGGUGCCGCGCAGCAUUCCGGGUCAGGUGGUCGCCCUGAGCAGCAUCCUGAGUGGCAUCCUCCUGAUGGCUUUCCCCGUCACCUCCAUCUUCCACACCUUCUCACGAUCCUACGUGGAGCUCAAGCAGGAGCAGCAGAGGAUCCUGCAGAGGAGGACGCACUUCAUGCUGCACGGUCAUAUGACUGACCUGGGGAGCGAUCUCUCCCUGGAGAGCGACAUGCUCUUCCCCAUCGGGCCGUCCGACAACCGGGACUUGGAUAACUAAAAGCCUUAACGCGCAUGGACAAAAUGGACAAGCGGUCUUCCCAGAGAUGCAGCCCUUCCGUGUAGCAUCGAACGUGUGGACAAACGUGGAAAGAAGAAAGAAAUGAUGUGUGGAUGAAGUAUCAUUUACCUUCGAUCGUGGCUCUAGGCUUCACACGGGUUGUACAUUUCUAGUUUCCUGAUCAUGCAACGCUCAUUUGGAAAAGAAAGGGAAAACUCCCCAAUGAGGCCUGACAUCUAUGAGAUUGAAUACAAGAGCUGUCAAAAAUGUCAACGGUCAGCAUUUAUUUCUGUAUUUAUUUACUGCAGUAGUGGUGAGGUGUUAAUUUAUUUGUCUUUAAAUAUGCUCUGUCAUUUUGCUGAGUUGAAGCUUGAAGUGGCUGUAUGAGGUUUGAUAUUUAUGUGUUCAUCAAUCGGUUACAGUUCAGGUCGGUGUUUGUGUAGAUGUGGUAUUUUUUGUAAAGACGGCCCCUUUUGACACAGCUCAUGAAUUGAAUUGCAUUUGAUGCAGGUCCAGGUGUACAGUUGUAACAGCUUACCAAUAUGAAAUAGAAACAAUCGUUUCUCUGCUACUUGAGGAUUCAUAUGCAAUUUUUCACAAGUGAUGGUCAUUUUGCAGAUUACCGUUGUUAUCGUUAUUGUUGCCCCUGUUGUACAUCACUCUUUCCGAAUGUCGGCUUAAAGUGGAUUUUCAACUUCA